CGUUGCCAGUGUAUACAACUCCGGCUCCGUAGAAAGGGGUUUUGAACCUCUGGCGUUUGAGAAUUUCUGAAAGUUUAAGCCCACUAUUAAUAGUUUAGCCAUAAGGUUAUUCAGAUACUGAAGUCUAAAGCAACAUGCCACUGAAGAGAAAUCCCUCUUUCCAAGAGGAGCUUUCAUCCAAACUGAAAGAUCGGAAGAGACGAGGUCUGAGUACUGGCUUUACCUCAGAAUCAGAAGACAGUGAAGACGAUGAUGAUGCAUUGGGUGGACUCAGCGAUGAUGAUAUCCUGUCUCAGUUCACAUCUAAGAAGAAGAAUCCUCAACCAUCUCAGUCCCAACCAUGGGCGCCACCUACGGCCAAACAGAGGUCAUCCCCUUCACCAUCUCCUCGCUCUAUGAACAAACCUUCUAGUGAUGCCUUCCCUACUGCUCCCCCUAGGAGCAGAGGUCUGUCGGGAAGCAAGAGCCCCACGUCCAGGAAAUCAGCAGGUUCACCAGAUCCUAUCAGGGCUCUCAUGGGAGAUGGAAACGAUAUGAAGAAGAAGCCUCCACCCAAACCAAGUCCAAGACUACGUUCAGGGACCAUGGACUCGUCUCCUCGAUCAGAGGAUGAUUCCCCAAGACCUCAGCCUAGGCCAAGGAACAAAGGACCAUCGGAUAUUGAUAAAUUGCUGGGCAUUGCUUCAUCCCCAGAGCCAGGGAAGAGAAAGAAAUCUCUGUUUGAUGAGUAUGAUGAGAGCCAGGGAGCUAAGGGUGGUAAGCAGCCACCUAAACCUAGAGAAAGAUCAAAAUCUCCCCUUAUGGACAUGGCAGGGCCAGGCGGAAAGUCUAAGGUUAGAAAUGGAUCAGCUGAAAGGAAAUCGCCUGACCUUGAUGACUUGUUAGGCAUGAAGAACAAAAAGAAACAAGGGAGGUCUUCCCCAGAGCCUGGGCCAAAACCCAAGAGUAGGAGUGGCUCUCCGGAGAGAAGAGCUAGUAAAGCUCAGGAUGAUCAACGCAGAAGGGAUAAUAAAUCUCCAGACCUUGAUGACUUGUUGGGUUUGAAAGACAAGAAAAAACCUGAUAGAAGAGCUGGUGGAGCAUCGGAUAAUCAAAGGAGAAGAGACAAGUCCCCAGACCUGGAUGACCUACUGGGAAUAAGGAGCAAGAAAAAUCGCAGUCCGUCACCAGAGAGGAACCAUGGGAAGGAACCGAGAUCUGAGAUAGAUGAUCUUCUUGGGGGUCCAUCCGUCAAAUCAAAACCCAGAAGACAGAAAGGACUAUUGGACUCCUCAUCUGAUGAAGACGAUGAAGUGUCACGAGUGAAUAACAGAUUAGGAUCCAUGAAACUGAACCAGAAAGAACAGCCCCCAGUUCCAGGGGGUCGAAAGCAAAGGUCACCUUCUCCUAAAUCUAAAAGCCUACUAGAUACUCUUGCAGAUUCUGAAGAUGAGGACACUCGCACCAAACUUGGUAGAAGGUCACCUUCUCCUAAAGGUUUUCCACCAAAGCCAAAACCUAGAGUGGCAACAGACAGGACAGACUCAAAGGGCAAUAGAGAGACGCAGAAAAAGUCAGACGAAGCCAACGCUAAAUCUAGAAAGAACCGGAUACCUGGUCUGAACUCUGAUUCUGAUUCCGAUGAUGAAGAUAGACAGGCAAGGUCCUCGAAGAAAGGCAAGCAGAAACAGUCGCUGCUGGAUUUUCUUGAUGAUAAACCGACAAGCAAAAAGGAGAGGAAGAAGGCAAAGGGGUUGCUGGAUGAUAGCGAUGAUGACAGUGACAUGGAAGACAAACCUCCAAAGAUGACCAAUAGGAGACCACAGGAGGGAUAUCACAGUGAUGGAGAACCAAACAAAGAAAAGAAGAAAAAACCCAUAGUUCACAAACCAACUCCUACCAGGCCCAAGUCAGUAGCCGUGGUGGGUUCCCUCAACUCUAGUCACAACUCCAAGGACAUCAUGGCCACGCUCAACUCUCCGGGAGGGGUGCAGGAUUCCUCCACCAUCAGGCAGGCCAUCUACGAGCAGUGGCGAGCGGAGAAGACGGAGAGACUGAAGAAGCAGAAGAGAGAGGACAAGAAGAGAGAGGAGGAAGAGCAGAAAAAGAAAGCCAAGGACGCAGAAGAGAAUAAGUUUGAAAACAUGGCCUCUUUCAAGGCUUGGGAGGAGGGAAAGAAAUCAACGCUGUCCAACCAGCGCAAGAGGGCGCUCAAGAAACAGGAGGAAGAACGGAAGAAGAAGGAGGAAGAAGAAUCCCAGAAAUACGAGGCUAAAAAGGCGUUUGAGAUGUGGAAAGCUACCAAAGACGAGAUUCUCAUCGAGAAUCAUCGGAAAGAAAAGAAAAAGCAGAAAAAAUUAGAAGAAACCAAAAUCUAUGACAAGGAGGACAAAGAGAAGGAUGCCAACAGCGCUUUCAAGAAAUGGAAAUCUGUCAAGGAUGAAAAGAUCAUGGACUCUGAGAAGAAGAAGAGGCGAGACGAGCAGCUACGAAAGGAGAUGGAGGAACGAGAGAGGAGGGAGAAGGAGAAAGAGAGCAUGGAGUCGUAUGAUGAGUGGGAGGAAAAGCUCCAGAGGAGAAAAGAGAGAGAAAGAAGGAGACUGCAGAGCUCUCAACCCAUCUCAGCAACUCCGUUUAGACCCAGCGGAAAGACGAUACCCUUCGGGAGAUAAUAAUUCCACUUUUAUACAGCGCUUGAUACAUCUAUGAUGUGUCUAUAUUAAAGUGCAUUACAGAUCUACAAUUACCCCGGUCAUUGGAUUCAGUGCUUGCCCACACACAUUGUGUGUGCACAAUAUCCACUCCCUGGGGAGUAUUCGAGCCAUGCGUUACUUGACGCUCAAAAACUGUUUGACCAACAAAGACGGUCGCAUCCUACCGGGUACCCAUUUAACACCUGGGUGGAGAGCAGCAAGUGCAGGUUAAUAUCUUGCCAAAGGAUAUAAGUGCCGUGUAGGUAUUCAAACCCUUGACCUUCUUGAGGAGUUGUCAUUGUACAGUGGUUCUUUAUCAAAAUUAAUGAAACAGAAGAAGAAGAUAAUAGUGAUUGCUUUUAUGCUGAAAGAAAGACAAUUACUUGAUACAUUUAGACUAGACAAAUAGGAUGUAAAUAUUCUUUGGGGUGAAUGGAAUCUCAGAAUAUUCUUGAGGCAUUUUACAGGUUUUGGUGUCCCUUUCUGGUAUUCAAGCCUACUAAUUGUAUUCAUUGAUUGAGAGUUGUGAAUAGGCUGAUGGAUUGAUAGAUAGGUAGAUUUUAGAUAGAUAGAGAUAAAUUGAUAUGAUACAUGUAGCUGGAUAGAGAGAGGGUGAGAUAUAUACCAAGCUCUAUACUUAUAUAUUACCGUCCUUUAGCAAUAUGUACCGACUACCGAUUCAGGACCUUAAUGACCUCAUGUUAUGUAGAACUCAGUGUACUUAAUGUUGAUAGCUAUAUUCUACCUGUGCUCUUUACUUAUCUUUAGUGCAAUACAGUAAACAGUGUUCGAACAAAUUUUCUCUAUUUUAUUCAGCUUUCAUAAUAUUUUUUUGCUGUUUUGACUCGAUUGUAGUUCAGACAAAUGUUGGUAUGUGAGGAGCCUAUUGAGCAUGAAGUGGGGGUGAAAUUGUUAUUGUCUAUAUAUGUAUUUUUGUCUCAAUGCUAUUACAAUGUAUUAUACCAAACUGCUUUUUUGAUUUAACAGGACUUGACUGUUUGAAUUAAAGGCGGUAGUCAUCACCUUGAAAAGUUAUAUUCCCAAUAAUUUUUAUUUCAGAUACAAUGAUAUUGAUAAUGAAAGGACGAGUUCAAAAUCACCACUUUUCAACGCAAGUACCACAAACUUUGAGUUUUGUCAUUUGAAUCUUUGUUGUGUUUACAAGCAGUGUCAGUAUGUGAUCUAUAAAUCAAAAUAUUAGCAAUCUUUGAUGAUAUUUUGUAUGAUAGAGACCUAUUUUCAACCAAGAUUUAUUGCUAUGUGUACCAUGUCACCAAAUUUGCAAUAUCAUUGACAUUUCAUUAAUGAGAAUGGGUUGCGUGCUCCUACAUCUCUUUCUCAGUUAUUUUUAGUUAAUGAAUGGCCCGAGGUGAUUACAUGUAUUUUCAACCAAAUUGUACUUUAUAUUUUAAGCUACAUGUACCAGUGAGGUUUGAAGAUCAGUGGCCUUGGUUACAUGACCUUAUGAAGCUAAAGACUUCUUAUCUGUUCAAUAUUGUAAUAGUGAUCAAAACUGGUUCAUAUGUAAUAUUCAGGAGCAUUUAUAAUAUUAAAAAAGACUUGUAAACAACUACAGAUAAAAAAACACAAUUUUAUUCUUUGUGGUUGCAUUCAUAUGAAAAUUAUAUAUUUAUUUACAUACUAUAUAAAUUUGUUAUGUACAAGGUACAGUUACAUUGGGGGAAAAAAAAACGUAAUUACCUCUUGAAAUCAGAUAUCAAUGACAGAAAAAGUAACUUUCAGUAUUCUUAAAACUAUUGCAAUCCUUGAAGCAUAUAUUUAAAAAAAUUACAUGAUAAUAAUAUAAUAUUCCAAUUUCCAAAUGGAUAAAUGUAAACAGUAUUUUAAGUAAAACUAGCGUACUGUUGUGUUGACUACUUGACUAAGAUAAAGACUACAUCUACAUUAAAUAAGUAGGAAGGUAUUAAUAUUUUCCAAUCCAAGAUAAUGGAGAACUAUCUGUCAAAAGACAUUAAACAAUGUAAAAAAAUACCCAUGCUGUAAGUUUCAAUUCUAUCUCUCGACAAAAUUCUGUGAGAGUGAAAAUAACCAUAGUACUACUCGUAUAUUGCUGAAUUCCUGUAUAAUUUGACAAAAUAGCAGACAUUUCAAAAGGAGAUUGGUACUGAAUAAAGGUGAAUUAAAAAUA